UUUAUCGAGAUAUUCGACAUUCGGAAGUUGAACUUUUUCUCCAGUAUAUAGUGUAUCAUACUGGAUGAAAGAUUUUUUCUCCAAAUGUCAAUUUUUAUACCUCCUUGUCAUUUUAGUUCUAGUUGAUGUUUUUAACAUCGACAAUUUUAUGAGUACAAUUAAUGUGUAAUCUAUGGAAUAUAACGUAGUAAUACACGUUUAAAGUGUACAGAUGUUCUUAUGGAUUAUCAAGGCAUGUUUGACAUCAUAGAAACGAGUGUUCCGUUUUAGUAGAAAGAAAUAAAAAUGCCGACACCACCACCACCAUUACCUCCUGCCCUUACCACACCUGCUCCUGUGUCAGGAGAACAAAAUAGGAACUUAUUGCUACAGUCAAUUAGAGAAGGAAAAGCUCUAAGAAAGACAGUUACGGUAGAUAAAAGCGCACCUGCUAUAAGUGGUAAAGUCAGAGGCGAUUCGACUUUGAUAACUUCUGGCAGUAGCGGUAACAAUGGCCCUAAUACAUUCAGUAGUAGUACUGCUAAUAAUAACAAUAGCGGACCAAUAGGCCUAGGUGGAUUAUUUUCAAGUGGUAUGCCAAAGUUAAAACCAACGGGUCUUAGAGGAAACACAAUUGAAAAGGAUUCAAAUAUUACCACUAAUAACAGUAAUUUUUCUAAUACGACUGGUAGUUUGAAUCAAAAUGUUAAAAGAGGGCCUCCUCCAGUUCCGCCUCCAGCUACGCAGAAACCUCAAGUAUUUCCUCAAGUAUCUGGCAGUUCAGAUUCAACAAAUUCCAAUACAGAUGGACAUAAAGGAUUUGGCAAACCAACACUCGCACCUAAACCACCACCACCAUCCACAGCUCCUCAGAAACCAUCGCCACCUCCUAAAAAAUUAAGUUUGACAAGUUCCGGGAGUGUCUCAAGAGCACAAAGUAUGAGGUUACCCAGGUCUCCGCCUGUUCUUGCUCCAACACCGCCAUCCCUUCAUCAAUCACAGGAUUGUUUAAAUGAACCGCAAUCAAGACCCACGAAUCGUGUUCUUAGACCACCUAUCGCUAGACCUCCUUCUCCCCCAAUAUCCAGAGCGACAUCUUCAAUGGUAAUAACAAGAGCAGCACCGCCACCACCUUCUAGAGUAACAGUUACGGCCCCUUGUAUUCCUCCACCACCUCCGCCCCUUCCACAUCGACCUCCGACUCACCAAAGAUUGGCUGCACCUCCACCUCCACCACCAACACCUCCUACAAGAGGUUCGUCAAUGAGAAAUGGACAAGCUACAAAUUCUAAUCUUGAUUUGGAGAUAAGAUUUGCAGAAAUGUUUCAUUCUGUAUCAAGUUUUCCACCACCAGAACCUUUUAGAGGAUUUACAAAGAUCUACAGCAGCAGAAAUGCUGCAAAGCAACAGGCUCCGGCACCGCCUCAACAAACAUCUAAUCCAAAUACAAUACUUCCCUUAAGUGUUUCGUCUAGUAACAGUGGCAAUACAAUGCAACAAACGUGGCAUGUUAAAAACUUUUAGUUAUCUAAGUUUUGUCAUUUUGUUUAUGGGAAAAAAAAAGAAAAGAAAGAAAAAGUCAGCAUUUAAUAUUGUCUUACACAUCAACAAAAUAGUAAUGUGUGAAUACAUAGAAAAA